UCGGCCUCUGUUGAACGGACGUCCGAGCAUUUGUCCGGCUGCCAGCCUCUGAUGGAUUCGAUUGCAGACACGCGACCCCGACAGGGUCUCACUGAGCUAGCGUGUCUUGGCUGUAAGUCUCGUAAGAUCCGCUGCAACCGCGUCAAGCCUACUUGCGAUGGAUGCUUUGCUCGACAUCAAUCUUGCAUCUAUCCAGAGCGCAAGAGAAGGAAGAAGACCAACGACAGAACUGCAAGGCCUAAAUCAGUAGCUGGCAAUGAUGUUCUAUCAGAUCUCCUUAACAGGAUAAUACAGGUCGAGAAAAAAUGCUUCCGGCUGGCCAAUUUUUCAACGAAAGGGGCAACCCCGACAGACUCAAUGACAUUCGCCGACGAGGAUGCUGAAAGCUACUUCAGCACACCUUCAUUGACUUCAUCGCUGUCGCCUAGUACGGGACUCAUGAAUCUAUGGGGGUCUGAUACAUUGCUUACCCGACAUGAGCCCAUCAUAACCUCUCCGAUUACUUGUCCUGCCCAACCACCAAACCCAGACGCGCGUCUCAAGCAAGCCCUCAAUCAGGUCUUGUAUCUCAAGCGGCAAAACCUCAACAAGCGGACUACGAGAAUGGACUAUGAAAUCGCUCUAGAGCUUUCCAGGACUUGCCUUGACCAUUUCUACAAACACCAUCAUAGCGACAUAUUCCAAGACUUUAUCAAUAUCAAGCUUAUGAAGCUGAUGCCCGAUAUCAUCAACAUGCCUGAGAUUACGAUUGAAUCAGCUACACGUAUACUCUACUAUUGUAUGCUGUACCAUGGGUCCUUGAUGCUUCCCUCCGAGACGAUAUCGCAAGGUGGGGACCUUACUGAGGCUUUGUAUGUCUACUGUCUUCGUGCCCUACCAGCUUGGCAGAAACAAGCUUCGGGGACCAAGACAGAUCUUAUCGCAUCCAUACUUCUUAUGCGAGCCGCGCUUGAGCAGUGUGACUUUGACUUUGGUUGGAGCAUGUACACUUCCGUAUGCUUUUGUGUUAAAAAGCUCAACAUUCACAACCUCGAUCAAUUUUUCCCGGCUUCCAUGGAUCCCACUCUCUCAGAAGAAGGGGCAGACCAACAGCGGAGGGGCUUCUGGGCUUUGAUGCUUGUCGAACUCUUCUUCCGACUUCUACACGACAAGCCUGCCAUCAUUACCGCAAACAUAACCGAAUGGCGCGUUAACCUUCCCUCCAUCACUGCCACCCAAGAACUUGCCGAACACGUGGCCCCGACCUUAACGUUUCUCGUAAAGUCCCGACUGACUUUUCUUCUUCUUCGGUUUGAUAUGCUCAACCGAGAUGCUGGAGAUAAAAAUAGCGUGGUCGCACGCAUUGAGGAGUUGUGUGAAGAAAUUGAAGGCUUGAUCGAAGAAUGGUCUGUGAUAGACGCGAUGGCGGCAUACGAAGAUGUCGCUGGAUUCUGGUGGAAGCUCUACGACGUGAGUCUCACAGCAUAUUCCACAGCAAUGGUCAUGAACCGCAAGAUAGCAGUCCUUCGGUCCGGCCAGGCUGAAGCACCCGAGACGACAUAUGAUGUGCCCACUACGCCUCUGUCACUCAAGAUCGCACGACGCAUUAUGGAGCUAGUGAUCCUAGCGCUGGAGAAGUAUCCGGUUCCGGCAGCCGUAUCUUGCGUGUUUGGAGCAUUUCGUUGCUAUAUAGCGUAUGGCUGCUUAGCCCAACAUCUGCUUUCUAGUGAUCCAAGCGACCCUAACUCAACCACAAAAGCUGAUAUGGCUUUGCUGGAGCAGGUUGCUCAGAAGCUGGUCAUAAUAGCAGAAGGCGAUAGCGAUUUCAUGCCGUUGGUACAUACAUUGCAUGAGUUAAACACAAGUAUCUAUACCCAGUGGGAAUGCAGGCGACGAGGCUGCUAG